AUGGCUAGUACAAAGACUAAAAAGCGUGUUCGAUCAAGGACGCAACGCUACACGAGCAAUGUUUUUUCUAUGUUCACGGAAGCUCAAAUCAAUGAAUUCAAGGAAGCAUUUUCCCUUAUUGAUGGUUCCAAAGACGGCAUAAUAGACCAGGGCGAUCUGGAGGAGGUAUUUCGUUCAAUGGGAAAGAAUCCGACGGAGGCUUACCUUGAAGAAAUGCUAAAGCAAGCUCCUGGUUGCAUCAAUUUUACAAUGUUUCUCACAUUGUUCGGAGAAAAAAUGAUGGGUUGCGAUCCGGAAGAUACGAUACUGAACGCCUUUGCCCAAUUUGACCCAAAUAACAAAGAUAUGCUGGUUCGGUCUACUCGUCCCUACGUGUCGGGACAGGUUGUUUGCGUAGACUUUGUCUUCUCUGUGGUGUCCUCUAAACUUAUUGGCAAUUUAUUCCCUCCCUUCCCCUCAGGCGUGAUUAAUGAGGAACGCUUAAGAGAACUGAUGACCACAAUGGGUGAUCGGUGGACCGAUGAGAAGGUGGAUGAGCUAUUCCAUGGAGCGCCUAUACAAGAUGGGGAAUUCAAUUACCGAGAGUUCACGAAGAUGAUUAUUCACGGUCAGCAGGAUGAUGAAGACCAGAACCAUCCAAUGGCCCGAUAA